GUUUCGCCAUUGCGGUACAACAACCCCGCCUGCCCUUGCUCUUCUCUACCAGGUCUUCAUCGAUGUCUCUCUGUGGCCAUUGAUUAACUGAACUGGCGGCGGAGUGCCUGCUCUGGCCUGCUAGUUGUCGUCUUAAUUCUCCCAAUUGAGUAUCGUUAUUAUUGUGAUUUGGCACGUUUACCAUCUGUUGACAACUGUAAUAACGCUAUCUACGUCUAAUCUUAUUCUGUUCUUAACAGACCGGGAGACUAUCUGGACGCUUAACAUCAUCUGGAUAGCUUUGUUCAUUAUCUUCCAGAAUGGCGGCCGUGGUAGAUAGUGCUGUCACCUCCGGCCAUGACGUGCAGCUAUCAGAUCCGAAGUCCAUCCACCAAGAGACACAGAAUGGAUCAGGUGCUGCGCCCGGAAAAUCUCCCGUUCCUCGAGCGCAAAAGGCCAGGUCAAAGUAUCGCCAUAUUGCGGCUUAUCACAGCAAGAUACAGCAUUCCUGUCUCAGCCGAGAGUCAGAGGUUACGCCGAGUUUUGUCGGGUUCCGGAAUCUCAUGGUUAUUGUUUUAGUUGUAAUGAACUUGCGCCUGGUCAUUGAAAAUUUCAUGAAGUACGGUGUUCUCAUCUGCAUCCGAUGUCACGACUACCGGAAACAGGACCUUAUACUUGGUGCUAUUCUCUUUGCCCUUGUUCCAUGUCAUCUGUUCGUUGCCUAUAUAAUUGAAUUGGCUGCCGCCCAACAGGUCAAGGGUGCCGUGGGACGCAUGAAGAAAGAUAGUUCUGCUGAAGAAAACGAGAGAGAGCAGAGAGCCUUCCAGUCGACCUGGCGCUUGGCGGCAUUUGCUCAUACUAUCAAUGCCACGCUAUGUCUCGUUGUUACUAACUUUGUCGUAUACUUUUAUAUCCAUCAUCCAGGUAUAGGGACUCUGUGCGAGUUCCAUGCGAUCAUUGUCUGGCUCAAGAAUUGCUCUUAUGCCUUCACCAAUCGGGACCUGCGACAUGCACUGCUAAAUCCGUCUGCUAAGUCUAUGCUCCCGGAGAUCUAUUCAUCGUGUCCAUAUCCUCAGAACAUCACCGUCGGAAACUUGACAUAUUUUUGGUUAGCUCCUACCCUGGUCUACCAGCCAGUUUAUCCCAGGACAUCGCACAUCCGUUGGUCUUUUGUGGCAAAACGCGUAGCGGAGUUUCUCGGGUUGUCUGUAUUCAUCUGGCUUCUUUCAGCGCAGUACGCUGCUCCUGUUCUCCGGAAUUCGCUCGACAAAAUCGCGGUCCUUGACGUCGCCUCGAUCUUGGAACGGGUCAUGAAACUUUCCACAAUCUCGUUGGUCAUAUGGCUUGCUGGUUUCUUUGCGCUCUUCCAAUCAUUGCUCAACGCAUUAGCUGAAGUGAUGCGCUUCGGAGAUCGCGACUUCUACUCAGACUGGUGGAACAGCCCAAGCGUUGGUAUCUAUUGGAGGUCAUGGAACAAACCCGUCUAUCUCUUUAUGAAGAGACACAUAUACUCCCCGCUGGUGGGAAGAGGUUGGAGCCCUUUUAUGGCAGGCAUGGUGACAUUUACGUUCUCGGCCAUACUCCAUGAGAUACUGGUGGGGGUUCCAACUCAUAAUCUAAUCGGCGUUGCAUUUGCUGGCAUGAUGUUUCAAGUGCCACUCAUCGCAGUUACUCUGCCGUUGGAGAAAAUGGACGACUCUCUAAGUAAAAUUGUGGGCAAUUCAAUUUUCUGGGUGAGCUUCUGCCUCGUUGGCCAGCCGCUGGGUGCGCUGUUGUACUUUUUUGCGUGGCAAGCCAAAUACGGAAGCGUGAGCAAGACGCCUACAGUCUAGAGUGCAGUUGCAGAGGUUUGCAUGGGUUAGUUUGAUUUGAAGCCUACUUCGGACGAAUUUAUAAAUACAUUAUCGACCUAUAUCGAAUAUCGCCUAUAUCAAACUCUGCCAUUUGUUUAUUCUACGCUCUUCAGCAAGCAGCUUCCUUGACAGAUCUUGAACGAAUUGUAAUGAAGAGACUUCAAAAGUUCUGCUUUAACAGAUCUACACGUCUUCAAUAUCAAUAACCAAGAAAGGGAUCCCGAAUCCAAAGCACGGAAGCAAUAGUAGCUAGUUAUGGUUUGAUCCUCCUAGCUAGUCGCUAGAUUGCCAUAGUAUUAUAUCCAAAAUUUAAUAAAUUCGUGAACCCGUAUUUAUCUCCUAGUCAUACAAAGAAUCUAGAUCCCAAGAGUUACAACGAUACCCAAACAGAAGAACCCAAG